AGACGUACGCGUUUCCGAACCACCACGCAACACCGCACCGCAACCCCAUGGUACAUACACGAUGCACAUCAUAGUACGGCACACACUCCGCCAAGCUCGUGACAAUGUCGUCACAAUUUAUAUAGAACAUAGUAAUUAUUAUUAUCAUUAUGCUCGUGAUAACUGAUAACCUGUUAGCGGUGAAAGCGAAAUACGGCCGCCGAGACUCGAAAAUAUAUAGUAAUAAUAAAACACGCCGAUAUGAGGCCGCGUAUCGAGGAAUGCACGAUUUCGCGUCCAAGUAGUGGUGACUGGUGGUGUGGAGGUAGAACACUCGAGCACGUUUCGACGUCGACGGUCCGUCGUCAUCGAUCUUCGUCAACGCCGCGCCGAGGUGAACGAUCGUUGUCGCUGAUCAGGUCUAAACGCAAUACGUUUUCGUCUUGCGACCAACACGUGUAGCCGAGGCCGCCGUUUCGCCAUUCUAAUGCUCAUAUCGUGCUAACCACGAUGGCCGUCGACUACCUGUUCGAUCCACAAACGCUGGCCGCCGCCACCGCCGCCGACGACACGACUCGAACUGACCAACUGUCAGUGGACGACGGUAGCUGCAAAUACCGAUUAAGACCCCUGUGCUUGACAGACUAUGACUAUGGGUACUUGGAUUUGUUGUCUCAACUGACCGUGACGGGAAGCGUCACUCAACAGAUGUAUUUGAACACUUUUGAAGUGAUGAAAAAGAACAGUGGUACAUAUUACAUAAUUGUCGUCGAGGAUACUGAGGAGAACUGCAUAGUGGCGACCGGUUCUCUGACCAUUGAAAAAAAAUUCAUACACCUCUGUGGACAACGUGGUAGAAUUGAAGAUAUUGUUGUUGACUCUAACUGCAGAGGAAAACGGUUUGGGAAAAUCGUUGUUCAACGUCUGAUUGCUCUGUCACGAAUCCUAAAUUGUUACAAGAUUUCAUUGGAGUGUAAAGAUAGUAAUGUUAAUUGGUAUAGCUCAAUGGGUUUUGUGAAAGAACCCGGAAACUCAAAUUACAUGCAGAUUAAGUUUGAGAAACCAUCACAUUGAACUUUGUUAUUUAUUAAACAGUAAUGUUUGGUUUUAAUAUACGAUGUUAUUUUUGAAAAAUACAAUUUGUAUAAUGUUUUAAAA